UUAAGCACCUUUACAUAAAAAAAUCCUAUCUUUAAUAUGUUUUUGUCCUUGUGUACAGACUCAAAACAUCGGGGAAAAAGAAACUUGUCAUCAACAGAGACAUAAGAUAUGCACGUUUCUCUUUCUCCAGCACUUCACUUCCCCCAUGGCUUUUCCGCCGCACUGCAAGCCAUUUGAAGAAUUUCCAUUUGCAUUUUAAUUAAGUGAAUGGACAAAUGACCCAAGGGGCUGAAGGCUAAGCGGGGGUGGUCACUGGUCGGGCAGAAAACUUUAUUAUCUGUACAAGCAAUUAUGCAUAUCAUAAAACACUUUAAACAUUAAUGAGUGUCGGCAGCGAGAAAAACGACAGAGGUGAAGACGGAUCGAAAGAGAAAGGGAAAAAGACGAGUCAUCUUUUGGCUGCUGUAGUACUUUUCCCCCCACUUGGGCUCCAAAAGCCAGAGACUCGUUUAUAUUUCAUUCAUCCACUUGGGCAGCUUGGCAUCCCAAGGGGCAAAUGAAUAUUUUGUCUUGAGGGAGAAAUUUUAAGUAGUACAGUACAAAAAACGUUAUAAAUUAAGAUAAAGUACCGUUUUGUAAGCUUUAAUGUUACAAAUUAUUGUGUUAUGAAAGUAACUACAAUAUUCUUUUCAAGUUACAAAUAUCAAUGCAUCAUACUCCAUUGAAGUUUCGAUCAAUGACUAAACAUAUUUAUUCGAACAGUUUAUUUGCGAGCAAAAUAAAGCUACAUUUAUAUUUACCUAAAAUUUGUAUUUGUUCAUAUUAAUACUGAAGCUCAAUGUUUUUAUUGUUUUCUUAAAUGUUAAACGAAAAUUGUUAUUUGUUUAGAGGACUUGGAGGAAUUUUUUAGGAAAACGAUAAAUACAAAAAAAAAAAUUGUUUAUAAAAAUUAGCAUUAGCUCAUUGAAUUACUGCAUGCACAAAAUAAAAAACAUACUGAUCUUAUCGAAAUGUUUAAAAUGUACUUCUUUAAAUUAUUGUUUUUUUUUUUUUUUGCCAAAUUAAUAUUACCCAAAAAUUGUGGCCAAAACGAAAGUUUAUUUUCUUGUUUCUUGCUACUUUUUUUCAUUUUAUUGAAUCAAACUGACACACUGAUUUGCAUGUCUAUCGUAUAUUGUCUGCACUACCAUCUCCAAAUGGACAGGCAACAACAAAGCGCGGGCAGAUAGAAACGCCCACGCCCCCAAAACAGAUUCCGGCUAGUUAGUUUAUGGGCAAAGUCAGCGUGUUGCCACUUUAUUGCCUGCUUUACAUUUCUGUUAGUUUUUGGCCCGCAACUAGGGGCGAAAAAUACAGACACACACUCAAACAAACAAAAAGUGUGUGUGUAAAGUCGUGUUAUGCUUUGCGGCCAAAUUAAAAUUCGACUUAAUCGUUUAAACAUUUAAAAGGCAAACUAAAAGCCAGCAGGCGUCGCAAAGCUUCCCACUCCCCCCCCAACUCCCCUUCUCUACCGCCUCCUUCUUCACCACUUCCUUCUCCACCACAUCUUUCUGCUCCUUUUUCUGAACCCCCUUCCUUUUCAUCUUCCUUUUUGCUUUUUUUGCAUGCGCAGCUCAACAUGCGCCAAAAGUUGUAGCAGCCUGUUGCUAUCCUGCUCACACAGCCAGGCUUUAAUGAGUGAGCGCCACACAACAAACAUGGCUGCCGCUGCUCUCUCGCUCUCUUUUUCGCUCCCUCUCCCCCUCUAAAAACUUCAUUUCAAAAGAGAGUGCAAGAGAGAUGGCCUGCGUAAAGAUUUUUACGGGAUAAAUACCCCCAAGUAAAAGAGAGGGGAGAUGCUCUUUUUGCACAAUUCAAAAAUGUUAAUUAAAAUUUAAAUGCUUACUGUGGACCGGUGGCAAAUUAAAUUUUGAUUGAUUCAUCACAGGACUUCUGCUGAACCGGCAAAUUAAAAUCAAGGAAUAAAAAGUUGCCUUGACAACCCCCACAAGUUUUAAUUACCAGCAAAAUAACUUAACUACCGCAUUGGGUAAUAAACCCAAAUGGCCCGGAAAAUAAAUGUGUAUAUUAAAGCAUAAAAUAAAUAUAUGUGCGAACAUUAGCUGCAGCAGCUAAAUUAUAAAUCCGAUUUAUGACCCAUUAGAUUGUUGGGGGGUGCCAAAAAACAAAAUGUAAGCAAAAAAAAGUUAGGCCAAAAAGAAAAUUUAUGAAAAUGUUAGCAGCUUGUCUAGUAAUUUCAAUUUAAUGGCUUUCUUUUAAUGCAAUUCGCUUUGUAUUUUUAAUUGUAAGGAAAUUAUGGAUUUGUGUUAUGUAGAGAUUUUCAAUUUGGGCUUUGAGCGAGUUUAAUGCCAUUUUUUAUUAGCUUAAUAAUAAAUCCUAUUUAUAAGCCGCAACAUUCAACCUCUCUCAAAGCAAUGGGCAAAAUUUUAAAAUUUAAGCAGCUUAUAUUUAUUUCUAAUAAUACCAGUAUAAUGAAGAAUAGCAUUAAAUUGAUUGGAUUAAUUAUUGGUUGAACAAGUGUUUAAAUACCGACGCGCUUAGGAGUUCAUAUCAUUUUCAGAUUGUUUAGGCACGAGCCAUUUUCAAUCAUUGCUUAUAAGCAGUGUUUUUGGACUUUUAGUUACAUUUUUAAUAUUGAUCACAUUUAUACAUUUUAUAGCGUGGGCGUAUAUGGUUCCGUUUUGAUUUAGUCAUUAUCCGAUCACAAUUUAGUAAUGCUAAUUCAGUUGUUUUGGCCAAGAUUGCUCCUAAUGUCAUGCUGACAUGCAAUAGGGGAUUUUGUUUUCCAUUGUUUCUGUUUUUUUUUCUUUCGGUUCAUUAUUUUGGAAAGGUUUCCACCUCUGACAAAGGAGGGCAAUGAAAAGAAUUCCAAUUGAGCGGAGAACUCGAGAGACCCUGUCAAAAAGCGAAGAACUCGGAGGCAGUGUUGUUGAUAGCAAUCAACAUCAAUUAAAGCAGCUGUCUGUCUUGUUGUUGGCCGUGUAAUUAUAUUUGCUGCUGCGCGUUUUUGGCUUCAUCAUCAUCAUCAUCACCAUGGUCAUUACCCAUGCAUUGUGCACCGCCAGCAACAUGUUGCUGCUGCGCCUCCAAGUAGCAACUGUCCGUCUGUCAGUUCUGAUGGCAACUGUUGAUAAUUAUAAUCCGCUUGUGGUUAAAAUGGUGUUGCCUACCUUACUGGCGAUAAGCGCGCAUGAAUAAUUAUGUUGCCGCUGUCUCCGAGUUGUUGCUGCUGUUGUUGCUGAUGUUGCUGCUGCUGCUAAUGCUGAUGUUGCUGCUGUUGCUCUUGCUGUUGCUGCAAUGUCGCCUGCGCGACAACUCAUGAAUAAUUAAUGCACUGCCGCGACUGCCGGCGACUGGCUGAAAUGUUGCUGCCGUAGCAGCAACAGCAACAGCAAAAGCAGCAGCACCAACUUGUCUUGGUAUCUUUUCAAUUACAGCAGGAAAUCGUGAAUUACGACGGACCAGAGUUAGAGUUGGCCAUAAAGGAGCAAAAUGCUGUUCUCAUUGUUGAUUAAACUUGACAGUUGUUAUUGUUGCUGUGCAAAUAUUUAUUAAAUACACAGAAAAUCUCCUCAGAGGGUGCCGACAACAAUUAACACUUGAAUGGCAGCGGCGGCAACAGCAACAGCAGCAGUAGCGCAACUAUUAUCAACUCAAUUUGAAUAAAUUCGCUCGUGACACAAAAGUAAAGAAGGGGAAAACGUUGAAAAUCCCACCUUAAAUUAAAUAAGCAAUGAGUUUGUCUCUCUCAAAAAAAAAAAAAAAAUAAAGGUUCGGGGCGGUCGCACAAUUGGCACUUGAAAGGCAUCAAGAUACAAUGGCAAUAACUGCAGCGGCAACAUCAGCAGGGGAGACAGCAGCAGCCACAGCAGCAGCAACAACAACAACAACAACAGCAGCGGCAAACAAGCUAAACAAGUAUUGCUGCUGUGCCGAGGAGCAGCAACAGCAACGACGGCAGCAACAUCAGCAGAUAAAAGGCAGACAAAAGGCACGAGAUGUGAGAGACGUCUAGGGUUGCUGCUGCAUGGGAAUUGAAUUCCAUUCAAAAGACGGCAGCAGGCUGUUUGUCAUACUUGCAACAGCAGCAACAGCAGCAACAGCAGCAACAACAGCAACACAAGCAACACAAGCAGCAACAUUGCCAAGAAGCAGAACCCAGUGAAAUGGCUUACAUGCAUUUCUUUGCCUCUCUUCCAGCAGGCGUGUUGAGGUGUGUUGAGAUAGCAUCUUGCAUAAAAUUACUGCCAGUGGAAGGAGCAACAUCAGCAUCUCCACCAGCAGCAACAGCAGCAGCAGGAGCAACAGCAGCAGCCACCAGCGACGUGGUUGCCUGAUGCUAUGCCACUGAUAGCCUCGAAAUUGUUGGCAGUUGCAAUUUGCUGUUUGGAAUUUUAAGCGAGCCAACAAUGAAGUUCAAACCGAAGCGAAGGAAACAAAAAAAAAAAAAAAAAAAACAAAAAACAGAAAACGAACAAAAAGAUAAAACCCAAAGAGCCAAAAGGAAGAGGAACCCGACAGCAACAUCAUUCUCAUGCUCAUCAGCAGCACCAACGGCACAAAGUUUAACCCGUCUCUGGUAUCGACUUUUGAUUGCCUUUAAAAAUAUUCGAUUUUUGGGACAAAGGAAGUCUAAAAUGUUGCCAGCUAAAUUGGUUUUACUCAUAGUGCUUGAGGAGGAAACAUGUCAUGUUUACAUAAUGCUGAUAACUUUAUAGGAAAGUUAUUACAACUAAUAACAGUCAAUAUAUAUUUUGAAAAUAAUUGCCUAAAGUUAAACUUCAUGUUUUCCAUUCGUUGAAAAUUUAACGUUGUUUGUCAAAAGAUGGUAUGAACAAAUAUAAAUAUUCCGAUAUCAUAAUAAAUUAAAUAAACUUAAUCUCACAUUUAUUUAAAAACAUAAUUUUUUUACGACCGUGGAUUUGGCCAAUUUAUGUUUUUAUUUAAAUUUAUCCGACUGUGAAAAUCGAAACUGUAAUUUUGACUCCCAUUUUUUAAAUCACACAUUUUUCACACAGCUGUGCUGAAAAUGGGUUAAGUUUUGGUCUUCGUUUUCGAAGUUGGAGCCUGCGCUAAAUUCGAGACCUGCGAUUGCAAUAAAAGUCAGGAGGCAGGCACUGAUGUGUUGCUGUUGCCCACCUUUCCACAUCGUCAUCUACAUCCACAUCCACCAGCUCCUGCUCGAACUCCUGCUCCUUCCACAUUUGAAUUUUAUUUCAGUGGUGCCUUUCGUUUUUAUUUAUUUUUUAUUUUUCAGCUCGCUUCCAUUCAAUUUCUGCUGCUGCUGCUGCUGCUGUUGCCUUGCCGCCAUCUGAGCUUUGCAUAAGCCCGUAGUUCAUUUGAGAGAAACAAAACAAAACAAAAUGAAAUAAAACCAACCAAACCAAACCAAAGGCGAGGAAAAAAUCGAAAUAAGAUAUAGUCGGGCAGCGGCGGCAGCGGCAGCCAGCACGAUUUAUGUUAAUCAGACAAGAAGGCAGGGGGCCUGUCUUUUGGAGGGAAAUCGGGGAGUCAGCGCCAGCCAGUUGCAUUCAAUCAUCUUUUAUCUGGCAGGCAUCGGCGGAGUUUGGUGGGGAUUGCUUUUUCUUUUGGGUAUUAUGUAUCGCUUAGUUGCAUUUGGCGCACUUUCGGAUUUUUGCGCUCUUUCUCCCAUUGCCAAGUCAAAGUUUGAUUCGUGUUUUCGUAUUUUGCCGCAACGGACUUCAAUUUGAUUUGCCGCUGCUAUCGAUUUGAUUUCAAUUUGCCAAAUACUCUGGCUAUUUAUCUCAAUGACUCACUCGUUGUCCCUUCUUUUUUCGAUUUGUUCAGUCAGGGUGAAAGUCGCUUUCAAUGGGAAUUUUAAAGCCAUUAAAAGGCUAAAGAAAAUGUUACCUCUAUGUGCAAUUUAAUUUAAUAUAAUUUUCAUAUAUAUAGCAUAUAAAACAAACAAUUUAAUUAAGGUUCUUCCUUAUAUCUCCACAAUACAUUUUCAUUACUUACACACAAUUAAUCGAAAAAUGUUUGAAAGUCGUAGUAAUUGAAUAC